AUGGCGCUGCUGGUCAUUGGCUUUACGCUCCUGCUGGUCAAUGCCGCCGGCGCUGGCAAGAAGCCUUUGUUCGAUUAUGCUGACCACUAUGUGAUGCUGACCCAUGAAGGCAUUUGGUCAAAGAAUGACUUCGGACGGAACAACUUCUACAGGGCCGCCCUUGCCAGCGCAAUGCCGAGGUGUUCGGGCUGCCGUGUCUUGGACUUGGGGGCUGGCAGUGGCUUACUGGCUAUGCUGGCAGCAGAAUAUGGGGCUCAACAAGUCGUUGCACUGGAGGCGAAUCCGGCACUGGCUGAACUUGCCAACAAGACCGUCGAGGCCAAUCGUGGGCUUUGGCCACCGGACACCGAGAUCUCAGUUCUGGCUCAGCUGUCGAGCCACUUGGAGAAGACCACCGGCGCCAGCGAGCUCUUUGAUGUUUUGGUGACAGAGACCUUUGGAACAAUGCUUUUGGGAGAGAGUGCAUUGUCCUUUGUCUCGGAUGCACGAAAGAGACUCUUGAAGCCGAGCGGACACAUCAUCCCAGCGGGUGGCUGUCAAUACGCCACCCUUGUGCAACUUCAAGACCUAUCUCCAUGGCAUCCUCGACCCUGGAGAGGCUUCAACCUUUCUCGCUUGACAGAUUUGCAAGACACCAUCUACUGGAAGGCCAUGUUUGGUGCCAGUGACUUCGGACUUGAGAGGCUCAGCGAGCGGAGAUGCGUGCUCGAAGUCGAUCUACAGCACAUGUCGCCAGACGACAUUCCAAAGAACCGUACUUAUCGGAUCCAAGCGCAGAAAUCUGGAGUUAUCCAUGCAGUUCUAUUUGACUGGGACAUUUGGGCUGAUCCGCAGAAGAAGGAGGUCCUGAGCACUGCCCCGGGAUCACGCAACUUUGCUGGAGAUGUUGCAUGGGGGUGGCUCUUGCAGCUUCAGGAGAAGAAAGAUGAAAGGAAGGAAGGAAAGGGAAGGCCUCCUUCAAAGGGGCCCUUAUUGAAGAUAUUGAAGGCCCUUCCAUUCUUUUUUCUAUUUUGUCUAGGAAGCUGCUGGGGAGAACUGGCAGUUUGGCGAUUCGCCACAGCAGCUACGCGUUGA